AUGAGACGCAACGCUCGACAACGUCAAUUAAAUAACAACUUAAGUGUUUUACCAAUAUUUACACCACUCAAUCAUUAUAAAAUCUAUCAUAUAAAUGAAUUAACAACGACUAUGCUUUUACAUGCUCUUAUUGCUUUCGCAAAGAAAACAGCAAACUAUACAAUCGAUACAGAAGAUGAUUAUUUUACAAACGAACGAGUAUUAAUUCAAAUUGAGUUGAUUUAA